GUCGGAGAAAAUCCGCAGUAAACCGGAGCGAUGCCGGUCCAGUGAGCUCCGCGCUGCUUCCCUCCGAGCUGCCGGCUCGCUCGGCUCCUGCUCGGCUCCUGCUCGGCCGGCCGGACAAUAGACAGCCCGCCUUCCCGCUGCAGCAGAGGCUCCCUCCGGUGGGGGAGCUCCAGUGUUCCGGUCCGGAUUCCUGCAGCAGCUCCAGAUGGCUGGACACGGCUGGGAGGACUGGUUCGAGCGGGAGGAAUUCAUCGGACAGAUCAGCGACAUCCGAGUGCAGAACCUGCAAGUUGAAAGGGAGAUGGUUCAGAAGAGGACCUUCACCCGAUGGAUCAACCUCCAUCUAGAGAAGUGUGACCCGCCCAUCGAGAUCCAGGACCUGUUCCAGGACAUCCAGGAUGGGCGCAUCCUCAUGGCGCUGCUGGAGGAGCUGUCGGGCUGCAAACUGCUUCAUGGCUUCAAGAAGUCCUCCCAUCGUAUCUUCAGACUCAACAACAUCGCCAAGGUGCUGUCUUUCCUCGAGGAGAGAAACGUGAAGCUGGUCAGCAUUGACGCCGCGGACGUCGCUGAUGGAAACUCCUCCAUUAUCCUGGGACUCAUCUGGAACAUCAUCCUGUUCUUCCAGAUCAAGGAGCUGACUGGGAACAUCAGGAGCCAGUUCCCCUCCUCCUCCAGCCUGUCAUCCAUCCCCACCAGCUCCGACUCGGACCUGUCCUACUGCAGCACGCCGUCAGACGAGAGGCAGUCAGCAUCCACGGCCAUGCGAGAGCACGGCAAGGCCAUCAAGAAGCUGCUGCAGUGGGUGCAGAAGCGAACCCGGAAGUACGGCGUAGCAGUGCAGGACUUUGGGAAGAGCUGGACCAGUGGUCUGGCCUUCCUGGCUGUCAUUAAGUCUAUCGACCCGAGCCUCGUAGACAUGAGGAGGGCCCUGCUGAGAAGUGCCAGGGAGAAUCUGGAGGAUGCCUUCAGGAUAGCCCACUACAGUCUGGGUAUCCCACGACUCCUGGAGCCUGAGGACGUGUCCAUUAACACCCCAGAUGAACAGUCCAUCAUGACGUAUGUGUCGCAGUUCCUGGAGCACUUCCCCGGCAAAGAGGAGUCGGAGCAGCCCUGCCAGAUGAUCAUCGAGCGAAGCAUCUCCAUGGGCCGACUCAACUUCCGUGACAAAGACUCUGAGCACAUGAGGAACGGCGCUCACCGAAGCAGAGUGAGGGAGAGGUCCUACAUGUUCCAGAAGGACUGUGUCCAGCCUCCCCCGAAAAUCCUGAUUUCCUCCGUAUCAGAAGACCGAGGCGCCGCGUCGCCGGGCUUCAGGAUGGCUGCGACUCGCUCAUGGUCCAGUGAAGACUUUUUAUCAGAUACCGCCCAAACGGGAGACAUCUCCAGUCCAGCCCUGGAAGACACCAAGACACCUGCCAGUGAGAUCCUUCCUAACUUGAUCUCUGAUUCCCCAGAAGUGUCUUAUGCUCACUCUCCCACCUCCUCGUCAGUGCCCGAGUCUGUCAACACCGAGUCAGUGAUCGGUGACUCUGCCAUCAGCUCACCGGAGUCCUGGGUGGACAGUGAGUUCGGGGUGACACCAGCGAAGUUCUGUGAGAGCCGAAGUGACAGCUCUCUGUGUGACAGCGGGACAGCCUGGGACGUGUACCGGGCCACCCCCGUGGAGGUCACUGCUCUAGAUGAAGGACUCGUCCCGUCCACAGAGAGCAGAGCCACCGACGACCAGUCCAUGACGGACUCAUAUACCGAUGAAGGCAUUUACUCACUGAGCUCACUGGAGAGCAACCAGGGCAGAAUCCAGGAGCAUUCUGGGAAAAAGCUGGUGGUACUGAAGGAUGAAGAGGUUAGGGGUGAGAACCACAACCAGGACCUGGUGACAGAACAUGGACCUGGUCAGGUUGAAACUGAGGUUUCAAACGAAAAAGACGGAGAUGAAAAGAGAGAACAGACGGAUACGAGUCAGCAUGGAAAAGACAAAGUGCCCAGAGAACCAGAACUUGGUUCUGGACUGUGUGAUGCUGAAGUGCCGGCCCAGUCUGGUGCUGAAGACAUCCUGGAAGCUGAUGAAUCUGGGACGGAACCGCCACUCCUGGACCAUCCUGAAGAGCACAUGAAGCUGAACAGCGUGGAGAAGAGCAUGAACAGAGAAGAUGUGCAGCUCAUGACACAGGACCAUGAAGGAGAACAUCUAGGUCAACAUGAAAGUCUGGAAACGAGAAAUAAAUGUGAAAAGGCUGAAGUGGAAACCGUACGACAGAAAACCGAUUCAGAGGAUCAAAGAAAAGGUGCAAAUAAUGAGUCAGAAGCUUUGAAGAAAACGAGUGAAGGGAGAGCAGAAAGCCAGGAUGAAGGGAAGGAUGAGGAGCUUCUCAGAGACAACCCACCUGAUCCUAAAGACAGCAGAAGAUCAGAGUCUUGUAAACCUUCAGAGAGCACACAGUCAACCAACCAAGAGGGAACAUCACAGAAGAGUCUGGGCCCAGGCGUGGACAUAAACAUCCCUUUGAUAUCCAUUUCCUCUGAGCCAGACGAGCAGGAUAACGAGGGAACACGUUACCCAGAAGGACCAGAACAUGCUGACGAUCCGACACCUUCAGGACUAAUCAAGGGUACAGAAGACAAGCACUCAGAUGGUAGAGAUGAACAGAACACCAGUAACACAGCAGGUAGCAAACAGGAGGUCCAGUCUCCACCCGGUGGUGUUCACUCAGGAGAGGACUCGACCGCUCAGUCCUCUACAGACACCAACCAUCAGCUCAUCAGUACAGACGCAGGUACAACCGACCAAUCAGAUGGUCACCAGAACAAACCAGCCGGCGCUUCUUCUGACACUGAGACAGUCAGUACACAGCAGAACACACUGGAUCCACUCAGCACAGAACCACACAGUGAGACAGAGAUUCUGGUUCGUGAGCCAGCCGGUGUGUCCACAGACAUGGACCUGUUCUAUGGAGACGCUGGUCGAAGUUCUCCUACAGAGGAUCUGGUUGGCGACCCCGUGGAGCCCAUGGAUCUGUUCUACCCUGACAAAGAGGAGCCCAUGUUCACAGAACCGCCCGACACUGAAAUGCAGAGCUGGCCUUCUGUGCUGAGUGUGUCUCCUCUGCAGCCGGCGCCGGCCUCAGAGGUUCUGCAGGAUGACCAACAGCUGAACCUGCUGGGGGACGAGUGCAUGGAUGGACGGACUUUCAUACAAGAGCAGGAUCAGGUGUUUGCUAAGACCAGCCCAGAGACCGACAGCGCGUCUGAAUCCCAGGACCGGUGCUUGCUGCCUGGGGAGAAGACAGGAAGGCUGGUGGGCGACGAUGUUCAAGCAGAUGAUCUCAGAGAGGCCGAGCAGGAGAAGCCGGACUCUGCCAGAGAAAACACAGAGCAUGUGAGGGUUGACAACAGAAGCUCCAACAGAGCAGAUGAAAGCCAGACGCCUCCAGUUCUCCGUCACAGAAAGGGGGCUCGUUUGACUGGAGCCGUGGACGCUCAGAGAGCUGCGCCCAGAAAAGCUGACAAAGAAGAAGACUUUUGGUAAGAACUUUUCCUGCCUUGCUUUGGUUCUUUGUACCACAUCGGGUUUACACAACUACACGAUAGGAGGAGCUGCUUAGCUUAUAAACUCAUCGUCAUGCUGUGCUACUCGUCCUGUAUGAGCAUGCCUCAGCAACGACACCAAGGCUGGAUUCUACCUCCACACAAAGGGUUACGAAACCACGCUCGUCCCCCCGAUCGCUCACGGGGAUAUUUAAUGGAACCGAGCCAUUGUUAGUGGAAUUAGCCUGAACUGUGCUCUUCCUGCUAUGACAAGUCCGAUUGUCUGCCAAGUCUUUUAAAUCCUGCAGUGACAGUGUACAGGUGAGCGGCAUCAUUUGUACAGCAAAGG